CAGCUUUAGGGACUGCGGAAUCAGGUUGUUCCAACCGAGUUCAGUGAGAUUUUAGGAUCGUCGGUAAGACGACGAACAACAUCGACAGGAAACGCAAGACACAGGUCGCUCCAAGUACUCUCACGUACCCUUUUCGAUCAGGUCAAAUAAAUAAGUCGCCCCGUUUUCAAGCUUGCUUUUGAACCACAUUUCCGACAUGGAUUCGAUGAAGGCUCAUGUGGUAAUGGGCGCUUUGCCUUUCGUCAGCCAUUUUACUCCUAUGAGAACCAUUGCUCAACACCUCGUGGCUCUUGGAUACCAAGUAACUUUUAUCACUGCCGGACUUUUUCGACAAAGUAUUGAAGGUAUCGGAGCAACUUGCUUUGUACCAGCAGAGUGGGAAGAUUUUGAGGAAUCCUCAAUGUCAAAGUCCGCUCAGAAAAUACCAUCGACCGGUCUAGUCCCAGGUGUGAAUUUUAUGGCCACAAGAUGGUUUAUGAAUGCCAUUCCACUUCAAUUCAAGGCUGUGCAGGAGAUACUCGCAUCAAGCCUUGCCGAGAACCCAAGCAGGCCAGUGGUUCUGCUCCCAGAGUCGAGCUUUUUGGUCAGCCUUCCCAUCCUUCUUGAUGCCCCCGGAUUCCGCCCAAAAGGGGUGAUCAGUGUUGGAAAUAUCCCAAUCUUGGAUGUGAACCCUGACACACCUCCUCCCUCGUCUGGAUUACGACCAGAUUCAUCUCCAGAAGGUCGGAAACGAAAUGAAGACAUGAACAGAGCCUACCUCGAAGCAACAGCCGUCCUACGCGCAGAACUUAACACGAUCCUACGAGGGCUCGGGGCCAAAGAGACGGACCAAUAUCGACAAAAUGCCGUGCUGAAACUUUCGACUCUCUUCCUGCAACUUUGCCCCCCGUCUCUUGAGUAUCCUCGAAGGGACGCUCCAGAGACUCUUCGCUUCACUGGAGGACUUCCCAGACCCAGCAAGCAAAGUCAUCCAUCCGAACUUCCACACUGGUGGAGCAGCGUUGUCAACAAAGGAAAGACUCACAUCGUGGCCGUCUCACAAGGAACCAUAGCGACGAAGCCCGAGGCCCUUAUCAUCCCCACGCUUGAAGCACUAAAAGACGAGAACGACAUCCUCGUCAUCGCCGCCCUCGGAAAACGCGACGCAACUCUCCCAGCAGAAUACACCGUCCCCAAGAACGCCCGUGUGGCAGACUGGAUCCCGUUCGACUCCCUCCUUCCCCUCUGCGACGUCUUCAUCACGAACGGCGGCUACGGAAGUUUCCAAAAUGCAGUUGCAAACGGCAUCCCACUGGUAAUCGCACCCCCAUUCUUUGCAGACAAGAGAGAUAUCGCAGCGCGUGUAGAAUGGUCUGGCAUUGGCAUCAACCUUGGAACUGGAACGCCAACUCCUGAGGCGUUGAAGGAUGCCGUGCUUGAGGUUUUUAGGGAUGGGAAGUAUAGGGAGAGGGUGGCGGAGGUUAAGAGGGAGAUUGAGUGUUAUGAUCCUAUGGCGAUUAUUGCGGGUGCUAUUGAUGAGGUUGCCAACUCAUGAGAUGGAGCGGAUGGGACGCAAGAAAUCGCAAUCUUCUCUGUCUUUGAUAAUUACUCUACACGCCUUAUUUACUUUGCGAUCCGAUCACGGCACACGCCCCUAAUGUCGGCCGACUCGGGGAAUUUUGGAAGCCACCGAAUUGACUCGGGUCCGUAUUCCAGGGGUUGUAUCUCAAAUCACUG